AUGGGGUGUACUCAGGGCAGGCCUUCAAUGAAUUCACCUCCUCCAGGAUUGCUGAAGUUGGAGAUGGAAAAUGGUUAUGAUGCUAAAGGAGGUUAUGCAGCAGCAAGGAAAUCAACUGGACAGAGGCAUUAUACAAUUGGAGCAGGUCAAUUGUUCAGGCAUGAAUCAAGGCAUGAAGGUGGUAGUGGAAAGACAAGCACUGGCAGGAGAGGGAGUCAUGAAAAGAAGCCAAUCACUCGAGAAGAAGCACGAGUUAGUUAUGAUGGAGGUGAAGAAGGUGGCAAUUAUGGUAGGGGUGGAACUACAUCAAGCGCUGGGAAUAAAAGAAGUCAAGAGAAGAAGCCAAUCAAUCUAGAGGUGCAGACAUACAGUUCGAGUGCAAAUGGUGGUGUUGGAACUGCCUCUGUUCGAACAUCAUCAACUAGAAGGGAUGGAGAAGAUGGUGAGCUAGUUGAUGGAUGGCCAAAAUGGCUGAUUGAUAACAUCCCUAGAGAUGCAUUAGAAGGUCUAAUUCCGAGAAGUGCAGAAACCUAUGACAAGAUUGACAAGAUAGGCCAAGGGACAUAUAGCAAUGUGUAUAAAGCUCGAGACAAGUACACCAGAAAGAUAGUUGCUAUGAAGAAAGUUCGUUUUGACACAACAGAGCCUGAGAGUGUGAAAUUCAUGGCAAGAGAGAUUAGGAUUCUGAGGAAAUUGGAUCAUCCAAAUGUUGUGAAGCUUGAAGGUUUGGCUACUUCAAGAAUGCAUUAUAGCCUCUACCUAGUCUUUGAUUACAUGCAAUGUGAUUUAGCAAGCAUUAUCACACGGCCUGAUGAGAGGCUAACUGAACCACAGGUCAAGUGCUACAUGCAUCAACUACUUUCUGGGCUGCAGCAUUGCCAUGAGAAAGGCAUUCUGCAUAGAGACAUCAAAGGAUCCAAUUUAUUAAUUGAUAAAAAAGGGAUGCUAAAAAUCGCAGAUUUUGGGCUUGCUAAUUAUUAUAAUCCUGAGAAAAAGCGCCCACUUACAAGCCGAGUUGUGACACUUUGGUAUAGAGCUCCAGAGCUACUCCUAGGCGCAACAGAGUAUGGAAUAGGUAUUGAUCUUUGGAGUGCAGGAUGCCUCAUGGCUGAGAUGUUUAUAGGGAGGCCAAUUAUGCCUGGUAGGACAGAGGUAGAGCAAGUUCACAAGAUUUUUAAGCUUUGUGGCACACCUUCAAAUGAUUUUUGGAAAAGAGCGAAGGUGGCAACAACAUUCAGACCACCACAAACCUAUAAGCCUAGACUUAGAGAAGCUUUCAGGAAUUUUCCUGCAUCUUCUGUAGGUCUUUUAAGCACUCUUCUUGCUCUUGAUCCUGAAACUCGCGGUUCUGCAGCAUCAGCUCUUCAAUAUGAGUUCUUUUGUACAAGUCCUUUGGCGUGUGAUCUCUCUGGAUUACCAGUGACUUACAAAGAGGAAGAUGAAGAAAUUCAAAGAACUGAAAGGAGAACGCAUAGACGUUCCAAAAUGAGGCACCGGUCUCAAUCACAUAUAGUACACAGGAACAAAGAUACAGCAGCAGAAAAACCAGGAGAUCCAGGUCGCUCUGAGGAGCCAGAAAAAAGUGCAGAAACAAUCACACUCAGUCAAGGACCUGGAAGCAGUGCAACAAGCACAUCCUCUAGUGGGAAGACAACAAUCAUCACCUCCUUUGACGCAGCAGACAUGGGGAACAAAGAGAGUCUACCUCGGAAUUUGGCAUCACCAGACAUACCUAAUCGCCAGAAUUCUUCAAGAACAGAAGCCCGUCCUCAGGCCAAUAAAAACAUAAAAAAUCGGCCCCCAUUGCCGGAUGCCAAAAGAAGCUCUCGUUACAACAUGAACAUCAAUGAUAAGAAUGACAACAUUAUCCAGUUCCGUGAGCAGGUACAAAGGUUUAUAUCCACCAGGGAAUAUCGAAACCGGGAUCUUAACAAGCUCCUUGAGCUACAUGCAGUUGAUUAGGCCAUCUUAAUCAAGUCUAGAAGAAAAUUAAAACUUAUGCUUCUUUCCUUCAUGUGUAUCCUGCAUCACUUUGUCCUUUCCUUGAACAUUAAUUGUUGAAAUCAGAAGACAUUACUAAUUCUUUUCCCAUUACCGGUUGCAUAUCCUCGCUUCAUUGUGUAAUUUGCUAUGAACUGCGCCAAAAUUGUUUAGAGGGUGGAUGGUGCUAGAUGGAUCCAAUUGAACAUCUUGUUAGACAGUA